AUGGUUACUGUCAAGAGCUUAUUAACUUUAGCUACUCAAAAUUCAUGGCCUCUUAUUCAAUUAGAUGUGAAUAAUGCUUUCUUGAAUGGCGAUUUAGAUGAAGAGGUUUAUAUGCAAUUGCCCCAAGGCUACACUCCUUCAGCCAUUCAUUCAGCCAACAAUACUUUGGUUUGUAAACUACAUAAAUCUUCGUAUGGCUUAAGACAAGCUUCUCGCCAAUGGUACUCAAAGUUUUCUUCUUUCUUAAUUUCUCAAGGAUUUAUCCAAUCAAAAGCAGAUUAUUCCCUUUUUUAUAAAGGAGUUGGCAAAAAUUAUGUGGCCUUAUUAGUCUAUGUUGAUGACAUAGUCUUAACUGGAGCUUCUAUAUCUGAAAUUAAUGCCAUUAAAGAAAGCUUAAGCAACACAUUUAAGUUGAAAGACUUGGGCAAACUUCAACAUUUUUUGGGAUUGGAAAUUGCAAGGUCUGCACAAGGGAUUUUUCUUUCACAAAGACAAUAUGCUUUGAAGUUACUUGAAGAUACAGAUAAAUUGGCAGCUAAACCAGUUCAAUACCCAAUGGAGCCUGCUUGCAAAACUUCUAAUUUUGAGGGACUUCCAUUACAAGAUCCUGCUUCUUAUAGACGUUUGAUUGGUCGUUUAAUGUAUCUAACUAUUACACGUCCGGAUAUCACCUAUGUUGCUGCAACUCAUCUUCUCAAGUAUUUGAAGUUGAAUCCUGGGCAAGGAUUAUUUCUUUCUUCAAAUAGCUCCUUGAAGAUUCGUGCUUUUUCUGUUUCUGAUUGGGCAGGAUGUUCAGACACUCGAAGGUCCAUGACUGGUUUUUGUGUUUUCAUUGGUGAUUCCAUGGUUUCUUGGAAGACAAAGAAACAAACAAUUGUGUCCAGAUCAUCAACAGAAGCAGAGUAUCGGGCCCUUGCUGUUACUACAACUGAAAUCGUUUGGCUUCAUCAUUUACUCACUAAUUUUAGGGUGUACCAACAUGACCCAACUGCCAUCUUUUGUGACAAUGAAUCUGCAAUUCAGUUAGCUCUUAAUCCCACCUUCGAUGAACGAACUAAACAUAUAGAAAUAGAUUGUCACUUCAUUCGUGACAAGAUUCUUGAUAAAACAGUGAAACUCUUACCUAUUCGAACAACUCAUCAACUUGCAGACAUAUUUACCAAGCCCUUGCCACGUCAUAAGAUGAUUCCAAUUAUGUCCAAGAUGGCUCUGCACAACAUUUUCCAGAGCUCAUCUUGA